CAUAAGGAAUGUGAUAGCGAGAAGGCGUUGUCAUGGUGAUCCGCCGGACAACAGUGCCCACAGCCACAGGUCGUCCCUGACCGGCUCGCGGUGCUCGUCGAUUCUCUUGUUUUCGUUUCUAACCCGUUGCUAUCGCAAAGACGCGCCUCUAAUACAGCGGUCCGUUUACCAGUUCAAUGGAUUGAUUGACAACGAGGACUUCGACUGCCGCUAUGGAGAAGAAAGUUGGAAAGUGUCUAUUGGACAAUUGGGUGGAAGAGAGGGCAGUAGCUGAUUUAGCGGACGAUGCGUCCCAAGAACAGAUUCAGAGAGACGGUCACCGGGGCAUUUUCUCAAUGAAUCUGGAGAGCAAAAUGGAAGAUAUCACCUCCCUGAAGUCAGCCUACACGCCCCCCGUGGCCCCUGGGGUGAGGGAGCGCGGUAUCAGAGGAGAACUUCUGGCUAAAUUGAUCACUCAGAGAAUAAGUGAGGAGGUGCAUGCAGAGUUCAACCCUGUGACUCCCACCACAGACUUCUCCUCCACCACACACAGGGAUUUCACCGGUGGAGGAUUCGUGCCUCUUCCUCCCACAACCACGAAGAAUCACGAUUACAAAUGCGACCAGGCGAUUACAUUUUGGAGCGAGAACCAUCAGCACAUUCAGAGAACGACUGCAGUUCGAACAACGGACAGCCCUUUCAAGAGGUGCGCUCAAUUCAGCACCCCUAUAACCCAGCAGUUAAAUGACCAGUAACCCCCCCCCCCCCCCCCCUCCCCAGACCCCAUCAUAAGCAUAGAAAAGGACAUAUAGCGAUGAGCACCACAAAAACUUCAACCAUCUCACUGCUGCCAAUGGGAGCGCUACUGUUAACUUUAUAGCAUCACAGAACAAAGCUUUCGAAAUGUAACAAAUAAAUAGCAUUUGUAACAUGCCAUGGUAAUAAAACAGAAAACCAAAUGAUGGCUAUCCGAUUUCACGAACACUUUGAGUUAUUAAAAGACGAGCACCUCUGAGAGCAUGAGAAAUUCUAGACUCUACGGUUACUUUCAUAAAUUCCCAGAUAAUUACUUGAUUAAUAGAUAGGCUACUAACCUGCCCGUGUAUCUGUCCUGUUUACGCUUCGGUCUGUUAUCAUGCCGUCCCCGGCUUUAACAUUAAACACAGCAAAUCGAUGAUGUUCAAAGAGA